UGUGUUCGUGCGUGAAAAAGUAAUUUUUGCUUCUCCUCUUCGUGGGCAGCCAUCGCCGUGUUUCGCGAGUGAAAAAUCGCCCCUUUCUCGGUGAAAACCCGCGCUCCGGUGGUCCGUUCCGUUCGCAACCGGUGCCCGCGCGUGUCCGUGACCGUUUGCAGCCACGAUGGCCCGGUUCCGGGGCCAGCAAGUGCCCUUGCGGGUGGCGUUUUAAACUGCCCCCCAUGCGAAAAUAGCCAGAAGAAAAAAAUUAUCCUCCUGCAGUCAUCAUCAUCAUCAUCAGUGAAAUCGUCAUCGAAGGGGGAGCAGCAGCAGGAAUAUCCCGUUUGUUUUGGAACCCGUGGGAGAGGAGGGUUGGUUGUGUUCUCUGGCGAGGGGAACCGGAAGUAGCCGCAAUAGGAGCGCUGGAAGCGGGAUCCUUACGUCGCACUCUUGACUUUCGGCCCCGCAGUUGGCAGUAAAAGUUACAAAGAUAGAUACCGUGUGGGGUUGGGCCUCUGCCCCGCUGCGCCUAGCGGCCAACAGGAUGGGCGACGUACUAAUCUCCGAUCGUCCGCCGUCCCCGGCGAGACUUUCGCACACCUCGGAGAAGCACCCGCGCGUGACGCUGACCGAGCUGAACGUGCUGCGGCGGCACCGCGAGCUCUGCGACGUCGUCAUCAACGUGAGCGGCCGCAAGAUCUUCGCCCACCGGGUCAUUCUGUCGGCGUGCAGUCCGUACUUCCGGGCCAUGUUUACCGGGGAGUUGGAGGAGUCGCGCCAAACGGAGGUCACCAUCCGGGACAUUGACGAGAACGCGAUGGAGCUGUUGAUUGAUUUUUGCUACACUUCGCACAUUGUGGUGGAGGAGUCGAACGUGCAGACGUUGCUUCCGGCGGCCUGUUUGCUGCAGCUGGCCGAGAUUCAGGACAUUUGCUGCGAGUUUUUGAAGCGCCAGCUCGAUCCGACCAACUGUUUGGGCAUUCGGGCGUUUGCCGAUACGCACUCGUGCCGGGAGCUGUUGCGGAUCGCGGACAAGUUUACCCAGCACAACUUCCAGGAGGUGAUGGAGAGUGAGGAAUUUUUGCUGCUUCCGGUGGGUCAGCUGGUGGACAUUAUCUGCAGUGACGAGCUGAACGUUCGCUCGGAGGAGCAGGUCUUCAACGCGGUGAUGGCGUGGCUAAAGUAUAACGUGGCCGAGCGGCGCCAGCACCUGGCUCAGGUUCUACAGCACGUGCGAAUGCCACUGCUCAGUCCAAAGUUCCUCGUUGGUACGGUUGGGUCGGAUUUGCUGGUGCGGUCGGACGAAGCUUGCCGCGACCUGGUCGACGAGGCCAAGAACUAUCUGUUGCUUCCACAGGAGAGACCGCUGAUGCAGGGUCCGAGGACACGUCCGCGAAAGCCAACGCGCCGCGGUGAGGUUCUGUUUGCCGUGGGCGGUUGGUGCUCGGGAGAUGCCAUUGCUUCCGUUGAACGGUUCGAUCCGGAGACGGCCGACUGGAAGAUGGUCGCGCCAAUGAGCAAGCGGCGCUGUGGCGUCGGGGUGGCCGUGCUGAAUGACCUGCUGUACGCCGUGGGUGGCCACGACGGGCAGAGUUAUCUGAACAGCAUCGAACGGUACGAUCCGCAAACGAACCAGUGGAGUUGCGAUGUCGCUCCGACGACGAGCUGCCGGACAAGUGUUGGCGUGGCCGUACUCGACGGAUUCCUGUACGCCGUCGGCGGUCAAGACGGCGUCCAGUGUCUCAACCACGUGGAACGGUACGACCCCAAGGAGAACAAGUGGUCCAAGGUUGCGCCGAUGACGACGCGUCGGUUAGGGGUGGCCGUGGCCGUGCUCGGAGGCUAUCUGUACGCGAUCGGUGGCAGCGAUGGGCAGUGCCCGCUGAACACUGUGGAACGGUACGACCCGCGCCAGAACAAGUGGUGCGCCGUCAGUCCGAUGUCGACGCGCCGGAAGCACCUGGGCUGUGCGGUGUUCAACAACUUUAUCUACGCCGUUGGCGGUCGGGACGACUGUAUGGAGCUGUCGUCGGCUGAGCGGUACAACCCACACACCAACUCGUGGAGCCCGAUCGUGGCGAUGACGUCGCGGAGGAGUGGGGUCGGUCUCGCCGUCGUCAACGGGCAGCUGUACGCGGUCGGCGGCUUCGACGGCACGGCGUACCUCAAGACGAUCGAGGUGUACGACCCGGAGACGAACCAGUGGCGGCUGUGCGGGUGUAUGAAUUACCGCCGGUUGGGCGGGGGCGUCGGCGUCAUGCGUGCGCCCCAAACCGAGAACUACAUGUGAAAUCCCAAAAGAUCAUCGUUAUCGAUUAAAUUUUGCGAAUACUAAUUGUGUAAUUUUAAAAAUGAAAACUCGAUCGAGCGAGAAACUCUUAAAGGUUACAAGUGAAUAAAGAAAAACAAAAGUCCUUUAAAUUGAAUUCUCUAUAUAUGUGAUUAAUGUUAAGCAGGGUGACAAACGAUAGAACCGAAAUCAAUUGGCGUGAUUUUCGACGAAAAUCACCGUCGCGACAUGAAAAAAAAACAGAAAGAAACCUGACAAAGAGCUAGAAAAAACUCUUUCAUCUAGAAACUAAGAAAGGCUUGAAUUUAAUUCAUUUCGGUCGUGCAAAGCAAACUUUUUUUGUUUUUGUUUUUCGUAAUUUUGCAAUCAGCUGCAGCAGCGCAGCGCGUCGGAAAACUAAAAUUAUAACGCUUAACAUCAGUCGGUUAAGAUUACGAAAACGGACGCCCUUUUUCCCCAUUCCCCGAGCCUUGACAAUGUCACGUUUGAAACAUUGUUUCGUAGGGAGAAGGGAGAAAUGCUUGAAUGCUAUUGAAGUACACACUAUGAUAUUAGGUUUAGUUCUUUUUUUAUGAUUAUUUUUUUUCUAUCUCGUAAGACCUGAACUAUUUACUAUUGACUAAAUUAUUACUAAAGGAAUAAAACUGUUGAAUAAAGAUAAAAACAAAUGUAGGUAUUAAGAGAUUAAACAGUA